AUGGCUCCUACCGCUCCCAACCACGCGGUUAACUCGCCGGCCAAAAAGACCUCCGUCCCGGAGAAGAAAUACAAAUGUCAAUUCUGCAAUCGCGCUUUCAGCCGAAGUGAACAUCGCAGCCGUCAUGAACGUUCGCACACCAAAGAGAGACCCUUCAAGUGCCUAAAGUGUCGCAGCACCUUCGUGCGCAGAGAUCUACUCCUCCGCCAUGACCGUACUGUUCACGCCAAAGAUGGUGGGGUGCCACUCGUGUCCGAGGGUCGUCGCCGUGGAGGAAACUCGGGUGUUCAGAAGCCUUCCCCUGCAUCCGCUCCUUCCAAGCCCUCGGUCACCAUUGAUCCCGCGACGUUAGAGCAAAUUGAGGCAAGCAGUGACGGUAUGGUCGACCUUGAAACUGCAGCCAUGUUGAUGACAGACUUCCAACAUAAGGCCGCAGCUGCUGCCACUGGUCAGGGCAAUGACCGUGCCGAGUCCGAUCGCUCCUUUUCCCCCGGACGCGGUCCCCUCCUGGAACCCUCGUCCGUCUCGUACCUGUCCGGCAAUGCGACGUUACCCCAGAUGCCCUGGGACACCCUCGUCUCCCCCGCGGACACGAAACGCUCCAUGGACUCGCCCUUCACCACGCACGAGAGCGGCUCCGACUCGCACACCCUCUCCUCCGUCAUGGACCGCCACGGCGCCGUCGGCGACGCCCUCGCUCCCUCGCUCAACUCGCUGGUGAACUCGCUGCCCGUGUCGGGCAACUCCACCCCGAACGCCCUGUCGCCCUAUCCCUCCAUGACGGGCCCCGUCAGCCCCGUGAACUACCGUAAGUCGCCGGGCCCGAGCCAGGCACUGACGUUACCCAAGGCUCCCCAGAUCGCCAACGAGAUCGAACGAAGCAUGGUCGUCGAGCGCAUCCGGAACGCCGAUGCCCUCGGUUCGCUGCCCGAGACCUUCCAGCUGCCGUCCACCGCGGCCCUGAACAAGUACCUGUCCACGUACUUCAACCUGUAUCACCACCACCUGCCCUUCCUGCACCAGGAGUCCUUCAAGCCCACCAGCACCUCGCCGCCCCUGCUCCUGGCCGUCCUGUCGAUCGGCGCCCUGUACACGUUCGAGCGCGCGCCCGCCUUCAUGCUCCACGUGGGGUCGAAGAUGCUCGUCAACCAAUUCCUGCAGCACAAGGACAACUUCGAUUCCCGCAAGUGCCCGCUGUGGGCCAUGCAGAGCACCCUGCUGAACAUGAUCUUCGAAAGCUGGAGCGGCGACCCGAAGGGGCUCGAAUGGACGUGCUCCAUCAAGAGUCUCCUCGCCAACAUGGUGGCCGGGAACCGGUACCAGAUGAAGCUGCGGACCGAGGCGCGCGAGGGUGGGCACCCCACCCGGGAAGAGUGGAUCGAGGACGAAUCGUGCCGCCGGACCUACUACGCCGUCUACAUCUUCUUUGGCAUGCUCACGCUGACCUUCAACCACACGCCGGCGAUGAGCUUCGACGAGAUCGACAACCUGGAGCUGCCCUCCUCCGAGUCGCUGUGGAACCUGGACGUGAACGACGACGAGGCCUGGCGCCGCAGCCUGGCCACCGCCAGCUCCCUCACCGUCCGCGAGGCCCACGACUGCCUGUUCCAGGGCGAGCAGGUGCGGUACAGCGCGUUCGCCACCCGCGUCCUGAUCAACGCCCUGUUUCUGCAGGUCUGGAACCACAAGCGCAGUUUCGAGGCGUUGCAGGAUGUGGUCACCGAGUACAAGCUGCGCCUCGCGCUCGAGACGUGGGAGAGCUCGCUCGAGGUGUGCGAGCCCGAGACCAUUGUCGUGCCGCUCAGCACCCCUCAGAAGGGUCACCCGCUGAUCUUCAACUCGAUGGCGGUCUAUCGCAACACGCGCGCCCGUCUGGAAGUGGAUCUCAAGUCCAUCCAGGAGGCGCUGCGCUAUCACUCCUCGUACGAGGUCGCCGCGGCCAUGACCGUCGCGCGCGAGAAGGUCAAGCGGUCCCAGGAGAUGAACAAGGUCAUCCAGUCCUGCUUCGAAUGCAUCGAGAUCGCGGCCGUCCAAGGCAUCAACUGGGUUGCCAAAACCUCCGCCACCAACUGGAGUGUGGAGCAUCCCCUCUGCGGCUUGGAUCUGAUGGUCAUCCUCAGCCUCUGGCUCUAUCGCCUGGAACACGACGAUGAGCCCGCGACGGAGGCCGAGAUGGCCAUCUACAACAAGGUGCGGAAUCUGUUUGAUGACGACGCCGUCGAUGCGUUCGGCAAGCUCAGCUCCACCGUGGCCCGUGUCUGGGGUAACAUCUUGGACGGUGUGGUGGUUUGGGGAAUCACCAAACUUAUGGGCGAGUCCUUCAAGCUGCACUCCCAAGCCUUGGUUGGCUAUGAGGACUCCUUGCGUAUGUCCAAGGACCAACCCAUCCACCCAAUGCCGACGAAGACGCUCGCCAGCGUCGGCACGGCUUAUUAG